AUGAAUAUAAGUCUACUUAGUCUCUACUCUCUUGCUAUAAAGACCCAACCCUCUCCUCUAAACCCAAUCAUUUCACAAGAUAUUCUCUACUGGACUCUCAAACAUUCUUCCAUCAACAUGCUUUUCACCAAGACCUUCGCACUUGCCCUCCUCGGCCUCGUGGCCUCCGCCGUUGCUACUCCUACCGUUGAGGAGCGCUCUGGACCAGUCUGCACUGACCAGCCCGACCCUACUACGUACUGUACCGGUCUGGGCUACCAAUACUGCUACGGCCACUACGGAUGCAUCUAA